CCCAAUUCGAAAGAAAGAAAAAGGGGAGGUAUAAAAUCGACAUGAAAUCACAGCCGGGCUGUUAAGAUCUUUUCCCUCCCGGCGGGACCGCCACCACCGAGCGAUCUCAUUUCUGCUCUGCUGCAUGCAGGUCUGAGUGAGGCAGGACCACCAAAUCGCUCUGUCAUUACUCUGUGUCGUUUCCCACGGCAUUUAAUGAAGCACAGGAACACACAGUGGCUCGCGGAAAGACAAGUCUAUCUAACUAUAAUCACAGUUAGGGGGGAUUUAUUUCGUUGAUUACCACUGAGGGCCCCGCCGGGGUUACUGGCGGAUUACGGGGAUAUAGAGGACAGGGGGUGGGGUAUAAACGCCAUAAAUGCAAGCUCAUCUACCUCUAAUGUGGUUGGUUUUUCUUGUACGCAUCAGUCAUCGCGCAUAUUUAAUAUCUAUAAACAUAUACGGACAUCAUAUCAUUCAUAUGUAUGGGGUUCACAGCUGGUAUGGAAUGAAACCGCGCUGCGGGCCCGAAUUUCCGGAAUCUGUGCCGCAGUUAAAGGUUGCGGGAUGUGGAACUCAGUGGAAAAUUUGUCGGUUCGGUCCACGUCGUUCAGGGAAGAAGGCGACGACGAAGAGGCACUGCGGUGGGCGGCGCUGGAGAGGCUGCCAACUUACGCGCGUGCACGCCGAGGGCUAUUCAGGAACAUCCUUGGGAAUGUCAAGGAGAUAGAUGUGGACAAGCUGGAAAAUGACGAGCGGAAGGUACUUCUCGACCGGCUAUUUGACUCAGUGGACGAUGAUUGGGAGAAGCUCUUCAGCCUCAUGCGCCGCCGCUUCGAUAGAGUUGAAUUGGACUUCCCAAAGAUUGAAGUCAGAUUUCAUAACCUGAAAGUUGAAACUUUUGUUCAUGUUGGUAGUAGAGCAUUACCCACCAUUCCAAAUUUUCUUUUCAACAUGACUGAGGCUCUCUUGCGGAUGCUGAAGAUAUACUCCGCUAAGAGGAAAAAGUUGGUGAUAUUGGGCAAUGUCAGUGGUGUAAUUCGACCUUCCAGGUUAACUCUUUUACUUGGUCCUCCGAGCUCUGGAAAGACAACAUUACUGAUGGCUCUUGCUGGACGCCUUAAAUCAGACUUGCAGACAACAGGGAAAAUUACAUACAAUGGACAUGGCUUGAAUGAGUUUGUUCCUCAAAGGACAUCUGCUUAUGUGAAUCAACAAGACCUGCAUGCAGCAGAGAUGACAGUUAGGGAAACUCUGGACUUUUCAGCACGCUGUCAGGGUGUUGGUUUCAAACAUGAUAUGCUUAUGGAACUUUCAAGAAGAGAAAAGAUUGCUGGAAUAAUACCUGAUGAAGAUCUUGAUAUAUUCAUAAAGGCAUUGGCUUUGGAGGGUAAGGAGACUUGUCUUGCUGCUGAAUACAUUUUAAAGAUUCUAGGUUUGGACUCAUGUGCGGACACCCCAGUAGGAGAUGAAAUGCUGAAAGGAAUUUCUGGCGGCCAAAAGAAACGGCUGACAACAGGUGAAUUAUUAGUUGGUCCAGCACGAGUUCUCUUCAUGGAUGAAAUUUCAACUGGGCUUGAUAGUUCUACUACUUACCAAAUCGUCAGAUAUCUUAGACAUUCAACCCACGCGCUAGAUGGAACAACAAUCAUUUCACUUCUUCAACCUGCUCCAGAAACAUAUGAGUUAUUUGAUGACAUUAUACUCUUGUCUGAAGGACAGAUUGUAUAUCAGGGUCCACGUGAGGAUGCACUUGGUUUUUUCUCAUAUAUGGGAUUCCACUGUCCAGAGCGCAAAAAUGUUGCAGAUUUCCUUCAAGAAGUUGUAUCGAAGAAGGACCAACAGCAGUACUGGUGUGUGGCUGAUCGCCCUUUCCGAUACACUCCAGUGGGAACAUUUGCUGAAGCUUUUCAUUCAUAUCAGACUGGGAAGAAUUUAUCUGAAGAGUUGGGCAUUCCUUUUGACAGACGGUACAAUCAUCCAGCAGCAUUAUCAACUACGAAGUAUGGGGCAAACAGGAGAGAACUUCUACGAACAAACUUUGACUGGCAGCUUCUGUUAAUGAAAAGGAACUCAUUUAUCUAUGUAUUUAAAUUUAUUCAGCUUCUUUUGGUUGCAUUGAUAACCAUGAGUGUCUUUUUCCGCACAACCCUGCAUCAUAACACGAUUGAUGAUGGAGGACUCUUUCUUGGGGCUCUGUACUUUUCAAUGGUUAUUAUUCUUUUCAAUGGAUUUACUGAGGUUUCGAUGCUGGUAGCGAAGCUUCCAGUGCUUUACAAGCAUAGAGACUUGCACUUCUAUCCAUGCUGGGCUUACACUCUUCCUUCUUGGAUCUUGAGUAUUCCUACAUCAUUAAUAGAAUCUGGUUUUUGGGUGGCAGUUACGUAUUAUGUGGUUGGAUAUGAUCCAAAUAUUGUAAGGUUUUUCCGGCAGUUCUUGUUAUUUUUCUUUCUUCAUCAAUUGUCUCUAGCCCUUUUUCGUUUAAUGGGUGUGCUUGGUCGCAAUAUGAUUGUUUCAAACACAUUUGGAUCUUUUGCCAUGCUAAUUGUAAUGGUGCUUGGAGGAUACAUUGUUUCAAGAGACAGAAUACCUAGGUGGUGGAUAUGGGGUUUUUGGAUUUCACCGCUAAUGUAUGCUCAGGAUGCAGCUUCUGUGAAUGAAUUUUUAGGUCAUUCUUGGGACAAAAGAUUUAGCAACAACACUAGCUUGCAUCUCGGGGAGGCUGUGUUGAAGGCACGCAAUCUGUUCCCACAGAGCUAUUGGUACUGGAUUGGUCUUGGAGCAUUGUUUGGAUAUACAAUUUUGUUCAAUUUCUUAUUCACAUUCUUCUUGGCCUACCUUGACCCACUGGUGAAACAUCAAGCUGUUCUUUCUGAGGAAGAUGAUCAAGACAGCAAUGUUGCUAGAAAAGAUGAAUCAGUUGUUAUUCAGUUAAGGGAGUACUUGAAGUUUUCGGGCUCACUGGCUAGGAAGAGUUUCAAACAGAAAGGCAUGGUUCUUCCUUUUCAACCACUUUCCAUGUCUUUCAGCGAUAUCAAUUAUUAUGUCGAUGUGCCCCUGGAACUGAAGCAACAGGGCAUACUUGAAGACCAAUUGCAACUAUUGGUCAAUGUGACUGGUGCAUUUAAGCCUGGUGUGCUCACUGCAUUGGUUGGUGUGAGUGGUGCUGGUAAAACCACUCUCAUGGAUGUGCUAGCUGGCAGAAAAACUGGUGGAACCAUUGAAGGGAAUAUUCAUAUAUCUGGGCACCCCAAAAAGCAAGAAACUUUUGCUAGAGUAUCUGGUUACUGUGAGCAGAAUGAUAUCCAUUCUCCAUGUUUAACGGUUCAUGAAUCACUACUGUUCUCUGCUUGGCUACGUUUGCCACCAGAUGUUGAUUUAGAAACUCAGAGGGCUUUUGUUGAUGAAGUAAUGGAGCUUGUGGAGCUAACUCCACUAAGAGGAGCAUUGGUUGGUCUACCUGGAGUUGAUGGGUUAUCGACAGAGCAAAGGAAACGACUCACUAUUGCUGUUGAACUUGUGGCCAACCCUUCGGUUGUAUUUAUGGAUGAACCUACAUCAGGGCUGGAUGCAAGAGCUGCUGCUAUUGUGAUGAGGACUGUACGUAAUAUUGUAAACACUGGCCGAACCAUUGUUUGCACAAUCCAUCAACCCAGUAUUGAUAUCUUUGAAUCCUUUGAUGAGCUUUUGUUAAUGAAGCGGGGUGGAGAACUCAUUUAUGCCGGAGAGCUUGGUCCUAAAUCUUGCAAGCUGAUUGAGUAUCUUGAGGCCAUUGACGGGGUUCCAAAAAUCAGGCCUGGUUAUAAUCCCGCCACAUGGAUGCUGGAGGUGACAUCAUCAAUUGAAGAAGCUCGACUUGGUGUUGAUUUUGCUGAAAUAUAUCGAAGAUCAUCUCUAUUUCAGUGUAAUAAAGUUUUGGUUGAAAGGCUGAGUAGACCAAGCCAUGAUUUGAAGGAUUUGAGUUUCCCUACUAAGUAUUCUCAAUCAUAUUAUAAUCAGUUUCUGACCUGCUUGUGGAAGCAAAGUCUGUCUUACUGGCGAAACCCUCAAUACACUGCUGUUCGCUUCUUCUAUACACUCAUUAUAUCAUUAAUGUUGGGGUCAAUAUGUUGGAGAUUUGGUUCUCAAAGAGAAACGCAGCAGGAUAUAUUUAAUGCCAUGGGAUCCAUAUAUGCUGCAGUACUCUUCAUUGGUAUCACAAACGCCACUGCUGCUCAACCUGUUGUCUCUGUUGAAAGAUUUGUUUCAUAUAGGGAGAGAGCUGCAGGGAUGUAUUCUGCACUACCAUUCGCGUUUGCUCAGGUUGUUAUUGAGUUCCCAUAUGUGUUUGCGCAAUCACUAGUCUAUUGCACAAUAUUCUAUUCCAUGGCAGCCUUUGAAUGGUCGCCCUCAAAGUUUCUGUGGUAUAUAUUCUUCAUGUAUUUUACAAUGUUGUACUUCACUUUUUAUGGAAUGAUGACAACUGCCGUCACACCUAAUCACAAUGUGGCUGCCGUCAUUGCCGCUCCUUUCUAUAUGCUUUGGAACCUUUUCAGCGGAUUUAUGAUUCCUCACAAGAGAAUACCAAUAUGGUGGAGAUGGUAUUACUGGGCGAAUCCAGUUGCGUGGAGUCUUUAUGGCAUUGUUACUUCCCAGUAUAGCGACAUCAAUAAACUGGUAAAGCUAUCAGAUGGAAUGGGGUCAGUUCCUUUGAAGGAUUUAAUCCAUAGCGUGUUCGGAUACAGGCAUGACUUCAUUGGCAUUGCUGGGUUUAUGGUUGUCGGCUUUUGCGCUUUAUUCACUGUGAUUUUUGCAUAUGCCAUUAAAUCCUUCAACUUUCAAAAGAGAUGAUCAUUUUCCGGCCACUACAAAUGUGUAUCCAUAUUGAUCUCAUGAAUCCAUGACACAACUGACCACUUUCGAACAAUGCAGUGGGUAUAUAUAUGCGCACACACAUAUAUAUAUAUAUGUAUGUACAUACACCCAUGUAUGUAUGUACAUACAUUAAUACACUCAUAGAUAUAUUCACAAUAGUUAUUCAAUUAUUCAAUGGUGUAAGGUGCGGUCGAAUAAUGCAUGUCCAAUUUUGGAAUUACGAUUCCACUUUCGACAGUAAUAUAAAUUAAGAGUAUCUUCGAUCCUUCGAGGUGCACGGUGCACAUGUGACAUGAGAGAUAGCUACAUAAAUAUUUGAAAAUAAAUUCUCUUCUUAUUUGAAUGAUUUUGUACAAUUUUGGUAAUGUUUCUCUGCAAUGUCUAGAAGACCGUCUAGAUGUUGGCAUCGUUGUUGACAUUGCAAUAUUCGGUUUCACAACAAACACAAUUUGACGCUCUCAACAUCUGUUGUCGGGGUGCCUAUAAAUUUUUAUUGUUAACUCUUCAGUUUAUGUUUUGUCAUGUACUUUUCAUUUUGAACUCUGGGUGUGUACUUUAAUCUUCUAAUAAAUUUGGAAAGUGUUCCCAUGUGCUUUCCUCACUUUUAGACCAUUUGUAGUGGUUAGGAGU